AUGCAUGGAGUUUUACUGGAACAUCAAGAACUUUAUAGCCAGGCUGAGAAAGCUUACCAUCGGUAUAAGUUGCAUUGUUUUUCACUCUGUGUAUAUCCUGAUCUGAUUUACAACUGUUUUAAUAAUUUCUUAUUCUUCAACUUUUUACAGUUCGUUACAGCUGCUGGAAUGUUCUGAAAAUUCAGACAACGAAUGUGGUGACAUAGUAAGAGCAAAUUAUGCCAGAGUUUUGUGGUAAGUUGGAAAUGUGUCCCCGAAAAACAUUUCUGUGAGUUAUCGUAGUCACACACUCUACCCUUAGUACUUAGUAAAAUUCAAUGUUUUAUUUGACUUCUUUCCUCUCUUUUACUCCAACACUUUCUGGGUCUCCCUGUUAAAAGUUAUCCAUAUUUUUUUCUUAGUUCCUUGGGAAAAUAUUCAGAAUCAAUCAAGAUGUACCAGGAAAUCAAUCCUUUGAACAACUUCCAUCAUAUAACUGGUUUAGCUCUGGCUUUCUUUAUGUUUGGAAACCUAGAACAAAGCUAUCAAGGUUUGUAGUAUGGUUUCAAUCAAACUAAGCAAACUUUAUUUAUACUGGAUCAACUCUAUCAGUUCUAAACUGUUGUUCCUAGAGGUGCAGUAAGGAUCAUCUCUUAUUGUUCCAGUGUUACUACAGGAGGAAACCUAAAUAAACUAACUUUAUUUAUACUGGAUAGUUCUAUCAGUCCUAAACUGUUUUCCCUAGAUGUCCAGUAAGGAUCAUCUCUUAUUGAUCCAGUGUUACUACAGGAUGAAACCUAAACUAAACUAACUUUAUUUAUACUGGAUCAACUCCAACACCGUAAUUAAAAUACUUUCUAUUUCUAUUAGUGUACGAGCAAGCUUUUGAACUUGCAACAAAUGAAGGCCAGAAAUCGCAUGUUCGUGCCGCCAUGGGAAUACUGGGAUACAUAUUGGGUGAUGUUGAUAGAUGCAAAUUCGCGUUGUGUGAAAGGUAGCCAUAAAAGCCCGACAUAUUUUUUACAAGCUAAUUAGUUUAACCUGUUAAAUAUUUAAACUCAUAUGUCUUUAUUUUCUAGUUCUGAAUUGCGUCCAGCAAGUGAACAAGGACUUCUAGCACUCACUACCAUGGGUUUGAUCACAUCCGACAUUACCUUGGCUGCUGCAGCACUUUCUGAGCUCGUUAAAAUUGGUCAGAAAGGUUUGUUUAUGACAAAAUUUUCAUGAAGCAUUCUCGAAGUUCAUGGGCAUGUAUUAUACAGAAGUAUUCUAACACUAUAUGAAUGUGUUGUUUUGUCGUGUUAUUUAACACCAACACACACAACAAAAAGUACUAUGAAUGUGUGUUUAGUUACAGUUAGCCUUUUUUCACUUCUAUCAAAACGUAGCAUUUUUUUUGUUUCCUCAGCACCAGAGCGGAAUGAAUAAUUUCGACACAAAAAAAUGCUAGAUACAUACGAUUAAUUAGCCUGUGGUUUAGUUGCCUGACAUGUUUCAAUGUAAAUUUAGGUGAUGAACACUUGAUUUCCGAGGCAAGCUAUCUUUUUGCAAGUUUCUACGCUUUGCAGGUGUGAGGUUUUAUUUAUGAGCAUUUAUUUAUCUCUCUUUACUUUAAUUUGUCGUAAAAUUUGAUACAAGGUACCUGAAUUCUUUAAGGGGAGUCCAGAUAUUGGUAAAAGUUACAUUGUCCAAGAAAUCCACAGGCGACCUCACAGCAGUUUAUUGUGGAACAAUCUGGCAAAGUUUAUCCUUCGUUUUCAACCACAUGAAUUGAAAGUAUGUGGAAUUAAAGCCUUCAAUGCAUUUAGUCUAUUACAUUCAGGAUGUGUAAAAUUUUUAUUUCAUUUUACCAGGCAGCAGCCAGAUGUGCAGAAGCCGCUCACAGACUCGGAGACAGAAAUGUUGAGGUUAGAUGAGAAAAAUUUCAUCGUGUCAUCUAAUAAACCCAGAUAAUAAUAUACAUGAAAAAAUUUCCCAAUCUCAGCAUGUGAAGUAACUGCCGGUAAAUGGACAAUGUCCGGCCAGAAUGCGGAGUUGUCUGGUCAAAUUCUUAACUGUCAUUUUGACCAGUCACUUGUAAAGGGAGUUCUGCCAUUUGAAAAGGGAAUUUUGCCAUUUGAAAAGGGCAUUUUGCCAUUUGAAAAGGGCGUUUUGCCAUUUGAAAAGGGCGUUUUGCCAUUUGAAAAGGGCGUUUUGCCAUUUGAAAAGGGAGUUUUGCCAUUUAAUAUUUCUGGUACUUAUUCUUCAGGAUGUGUCGACAACCUAUGCUUACAGUACUAUUGGCUGUGGACAUGACCCAGCGUGUGGCAAACCUGCUUCAAACAAGAUCUCCCCUGGUGUAGUAUCAGCUCAGAAAGCACUUCACAUGAAUCCUGAUUGCCUAACCAACUGGACCUUACUCUCUGCAGCACUCUCUGAUGCAAGCACUUGUUAUACUAGUGCACCUCAGAAGAGUAAACUUCAGCUUUGUGAAAUGGUCACACGCGUCUCCUUGGCUAGAGGUUGGAUAUAAUUUUUUUUCAUUUGAAUUAACUCUGCGAGUUUCAGUAGGUUAGGCAUUAUAGCACACCAAGUGAUGGUCAUCUUUAGAUAUGCUAACUUGUAGGGACAAGCAAACUAGCCUUUCACCCUUUUUCUCACUGUAGUUGUGUGUGCAGUGGUAAAUUUAUAGGGUGGAAAGAGUUGUCUCACAACGUACUUGUUAAAAAAAAUAUAUUUUUGAUCUCCUUCCAAAUGUUAUUUCUAGUAAUCGAAGCUUCAAAUUGUCCUCUCACAAGACCAGAGGUUUUUGAAAGAAGAAAUUUAAAUAUUACAGAGGCGAGUCAAAAGUGGUUGGCACUUCAAUAUGGUUAUUGUUUAUACUACUCUGGGAAAACUGAUGAGGCUAUUCAACACUGUUAA